AUGGCUGGCGCGGACGAGACAUUCGUGGCCGCGGCUGCCGUGCUGCAGAAUCUAGCAAGAGACGAACCUACCCCCGGUUCCUCUUCGCCUCCAUUCGACUUCCAGUUACAAUCCAACGGGACCAAAUCGGCGAAACUUCCCGGAGAACACAGCCCUGCCAAGGCAGCCUUCGAAGCCGAGCUUGAGGCCCUGGUGCGCCGCGUGCACCAUCUGGAAUUCCAAGCUGUCAGUCACCACAAUUUCCAACUGCAGGCGGAUCCCCACCAGACCACUCGGUCUGUUGAAGAGACCAACGAGAGGAAUUUCUUGUGGACAUUUGGGCUCUCUCGCUUGUCGUCCGGUCAAGAUUCUGACUCUCUGUCACAGCAGCAAAAUGCGAUCCAACCCAUCCCCGCAGGCGACGAACCACCCUUGGGAGAAAUUGACGACGAAACCGAUGAUGAAGACGAUAACGGUACCCGCGUCGUACGGGAGGAGGAUAUCAGCUUUCUUCGCAAUCACGUACAAAAGCAGGCCGAGGAGAUAAGCAGCCAAAAGGAUAUCAUCGCUCAGGUUCGCGACGAAUUACAGAAACAGGAAGAACACACUCGCCGAGCUCUUACCAAAGUCGAAAAUGAAGAUGUCGUUCUUCUUGAACGCGAGUUGCGCAAGCACCAACAGGCCAACGAGGCUUUCCAGAAAGCUUUGCGUGAAAUCGGGGGCAUCAUCACUCAAGUCGCUAAUGGUGACCUCUCCAUGAAGGUUCAGAUCCACCCGCUGGAGAUGGACCCCGAAAUCGCCACUUUUAAACGAACAAUCAACACCAUGAUGGACCAACUGCAAGUUUUCGGUAGCGAAGUGUCUCGUGUCGCACGUGAAGUCGGAACUGAAGGAAUCCUCGGUGGACAAGCCCAGAUCACUGGUGUCCAUGGUAUCUGGAAGGAGCUUACAGAGAACGUGAACAUUAUGGCCAAGAAUUUGACUGAUCAAGUGCGAGAAAUCGCUGCCGUCACCACUGCUGUCGCUCAUGGUGAUCUUAGCCAGAAGAUUGAAAGCCGAGCUCAGGGUGAAAUUCUGGAAUUGCAGCAAACGAUCAAUACCAUGGUAGAUCAACUUCGAACAUUUGCUACGGAAGUCACUCGAGUCGCCCGUGAUGUCGGCACGGAAGGUGUGCUUGGGGGACAAGCUCAGAUCGAGGGUGUCCAGGGCAUGUGGAACGAACUCACAGUUAAUGUCAACGCCAUGGCCAAUAAUCUCACGACUCAAGUGCGCGAUAUUGCUACCGUCACAAAAGCCGUUGCCAAGGGUGACCUCACGCAGAAGGUCCAGGCCAACUGUAAGGGAGAAAUUGCGGAGCUCAAGAAUAUUAUCAAUUCCAUGGUGGACCAACUACGGCAAUUCGCCCAAGAAGUCACCAAGAUUGCCAAGGAAGUCGGUACCGAUGGCGUUCUUGGAGGUCAAGCCACAGUGAACGACGUGGAGGGAACGUGGAAAGAUCUGACAGAAAACGUCAAUCGUAUGGCCAACAACCUGACCACACAGGUGCGCGAGAUUGCAGACGUCACUACCGCUGUUGCCAAGGGUGACUUGACUAAAAAGGUUACCGCCAACGUACAAGGAGAAAUCCUCGACCUAAAGAGUACCAUUAAUGGCAUGGUGGAUCGUCUUAACACCUUUGCUUUCGAGGUCAGCAAAGUGGCCCGAGAGGUCGGCACAGACGGUACACUUGGCGGCCAGGCCAAGGUCGAUAACGUGGAAGGAAAAUGGAAAGACCUAACAGACAAUGUCAACACUAUGGCGCAGAAUCUGACGUCUCAGGUCCGAAGUAUCUCCGAUGUCACGCAAGCCAUUGCCAAGGGUGACUUGAGCAAAAAGAUCGAAGUGCAUGCCCAGGGAGAAAUCCUCACGCUUAAGGUCACCAUUAAUCACAUGGUGGGUCGACUGGCGAAGUUCGCUACUGAGCUGAAGAAGGUCGCCCGAGAUGUCGGUGUCGACGGCAAGAUGGGCGGACAGGCCAACGUAGAGGGGAUUGCGGGUACUUGGAAAGAAAUUACCGAGGACGUGAACACCAUGGCCGAGAAUCUGACUUCACAAGUGCGUGCGUUCGGUGAAAUUACCGAUGCCGCGACCGACGGUGACUUUACCAAGUUGAUCACGGUUAACGCGUCUGGUGAAAUGGACGAACUGAAGCGAAAGAUCAACAAGAUGGUUUCCAACUUGCGUGAUAGUAUUCAGAGAAACACUGCCGCCAGGGAGGCUGCCGAGCUUGCCAAUCGCACCAAAUCAGAGUUCUUGGCCAAUAUGUCACACGAAAUCCGGACGCCGAUGAACGGCAUCAUUGGAAUGACUCAGCUGACGUUGGACACCGAUGAUCUCAAGCCGUAUACUCGAGAAAUGUUGAAUGUCGUCCACAAUUUGGCGAACAGUUUGCUCACCAUCAUUGAUGACAUUCUGGAUAUCUCCAAGAUUGAAGCCAAUCGCAUGGUGAUUGAGAGUAUUCCAUUCACCGUGAGGGGCACUGUUUUCAAUGCCCUCAAGACGUUGGCGGUCAAGGCCAAUGAGAAAUUCUUGAGCCUGACAUACCAAGUCGACAAUACCGUUCCGGAUUAUGUUAUUGGUGAUCCUUUCCGUCUCCGCCAGAUCAUUCUCAAUCUCGUUGGAAACGCUAUCAAGUUCACUGAGCAUGGUGAGGUCAAGCUCACCAUCCGAAAGUCGGACAGAGAGCAAUGCACGACCAACGAAUAUGCCUUCGAAUUUUCCGUGUCUGACACGGGUAUUGGAAUCGAAGAGGACAAACUCGAUCUCAUCUUUGACACCUUCCAACAAGCCGACGGUUCAACUACCCGCAGAUUCGGUGGUACUGGUUUAGGACUGUCGAUCUCCAAGCGCCUUGUGAACCUCAUGGGUGGUGACGUUUGGGUCACCUCCGAAUACGGACAUGGAAGUACCUUCCACUUCACCUGUGUCGUAAAACUUGCAGAUCAGUCGUUGAGCGUCAUUGCCAAUCAACUCUUGCCGUAUAGGAACCACCGCGUGCUGUUCAUUGACAAGGGCCAGAAUGGCGUUCAAGCUUCAAAUGUCAUGAAGAUGUUGAAGAAGAUUGAACUGGAGCCAUUGGUGGUACGGAAUGAGGAGCAUGUUCCACCACCCGAGAUCCAAGAUCCUUCUGGAAAGGAAUCGGGCCACGCCUACGAUGUCAUUAUUGUUGACUCGGUAGACACAGCCCGGAUCUUGCGGACGUUCGACGAGUUCAAGUACAUUCCUAUCGUUUUGGUCUGUCCGUUGGUAUGUGUGAGCUUGAAGUCAGCUUUGGACCUUGGUAUCAGUUCAUACAUGACAACCCCAUGUCAGCCCAUUGACCUUGGCAAUGGUAUGCUGCCAGCGUUAGAAGGUCGUUCGACACCGAUCACCACCGAUAACUCACGUUCAUUCGAUAUUCUCCUAGCAGAGGAUAACGAUGUGAACCAGCAACUUGCGAUGAAGAUCCUCCAAAAACACAACCACAACGUGUUUGUUGUUGGUAAUGGAUUGGAAGCUGUCGAGGCCGUCAAGAAACGUCGUUACGAUGUCAUUCUGAUGGACGUUCAGAUGCCGGUUAUGGGAGGCUUCGAAGCCACCGGCAAGAUCCGUGAAUAUGAACGUGAGAGCGGCCUUCAGCGAACCCCAAUCAUCGCGUUGACUGCCCACGCCAUGUUGGGUGACCGUGAGAAGUGCAUCCAAGCUCAAAUGGACGAGUACUUGUCUAAACCGCUCAAGCAAAACCAGAUGAUGCAAACUAUCCUCAAAUGUGCGACCCUUGGUGGAUCGCUGUUGGAGAAGAGCAAAGAGUCUAGGAUCUCGAGCAGUGGGGAGAUGCAUCCCAAUUACUCAAUGUCUGAGAACCAACAGCAGCAGCAACAACCACAACAGCAACAGCGGUCAAAGCAACAGCCCUUGCCAUCUCCCCGCCCCGUUGUGGAAUCCCGGUCCAUCACAACCUCUGGUCCCAUCGCCCGGGGGAGUGUGGUCAGUCCAACGGAAGAGAAAGAACAAAUGAUCGACGAGCGGGCAUUGUUGCGAUCAAACAGUACAUGA